AUGUCCAACAAGAAUAAUCAUCAUCAUCAUCAGCCUAACUUGACGACUAGUAAGAAAUAUAUAAAACAAGAGGAAGAUGAAUUAUUAUCAACAACAAGAAAGUUAUCAUCAUCAUCACCUACUACAACGGAAUCACUUUCUCCUUCUCCACCUUUAAAAGCCUCAUCAUCAUCAUCAUUAGGCUCAUCAUUGAAUUAUGAUAAAAUUGAUAAUAAUAGUAAUAAUAUUAGUAAUAAUAUCAAUAAGAGAAAUGGACCUUAUUCAUCACUGGAAGUUAUUAGAGAUAUUGCUGAAUCACUCCACAAUACAAACAAUUCUCAACCACAACAGCAACAGCCUCAACAACCUUAUGAUCAAAGACAGUCAUACAAUAAUAAUAAUAACACUGGAUUCAAUAAUAAUAAUAAUAAUGGAUAUAAUAGACAACAACAGGAGUAUGAUGAUAAUUAUGAAAAUGAUGAAAGUAGAUUCAAGCCUUCUUCUAGAUGGCGAAAAGGUGAAAGACAAGGAGUUAAUUUUCAAUCAAACAACAAUAAUCAACAACAACAGUAUUCAAAUUAUAAUAAUAGAGAAGGUGAUUACUUGACUGAAAAGCCUAAUAAUAUGAUACCAUCAUCACCCAAUAAGGGACAACAAUCCAAUAAUAAUAACAAUAGAUCAUCUUAUCAACAACAGCAACAACAAAAUAAUUAUAAUAACAAUCCUUAUUCCAAUAAUUCAUAUGAUGAUUCACCAACAUUAAUGAGACAACAACCUCAAUAUGAUGCUCAGCAACGUCCUUCUUAUUAUUCCAAUACACCAAAUCACCAACAAGCAAUACCUAAUGUUCAUGAUUAUUUCAACCCUCCAUAUCCAAAUAAUACUCAACAUGCCUAUCCACCAACAUUUUCACCUCAAAUUAUUCCUCACCAACCAACAUUUGUUCAUUAUCCUUCCUAUCAAAGUCAUCCAUUAAGUUCACCUGUAAUUCAUCAUCAUAUUAAUCCUCCUCAAUCUUCUUUUCCACCUCAACAAUCACAACAAUUCCAAUUCAAUCAAAUCCAAUUCAAAAUUAUAAAUUAUAAUGCUACUAGUAGUAUUUCACCUCCUCCAUCAUCCUAUUCAAAUAGUCAAACACCUUCUCAAGUAACAACACCUAGAGGAAGAGCAAAUUCAGAUAUUAUUAAUGAGCAAGUACCAAUCUCAAAACCAAGACCUCAAAAAUUAACAAUUCCAAUAGAAGAAGGACCAAUUAUUCAAGAAGAAGAAAAUCCAAAAUCAAUUGCAUGGUCAACUAAUAUGGCAUCUCCUGCAAAAAAGAAGAAAGGAGUAACAUCUAAGAAAGAUCCUACAAAAAAGACACCUUUGAAAAAACAAUCAAAUACUAGGCAUUCUUCUGUUCCACCUAAAUUUGGUAUUCCAUAUAAUUUGAAUAGAAUUGAAUCUAAAAUUAAAGAUCAAAUUCAAAUGGAUAAAAAAACAAAUCCACAUAAGGGUAAUUUUGAACCUGUUUUAGUAACAUCGAAGAAUGAAGAGACAGCAAUUAGAGAUGAACCAGUUUUAAAUUCAUCUGAAAUAAUAGAUGCAUCAAAUAUUUCUAAAAUUGAUUCACCUGUAAAAUCUAAACCACCACCAAUUCCAAAAGAUAAGCCAAAUGUCCAUGAAGAUGAAGAAACUCCUCAACAAGAUAAUGUUUCAAACUUUAUAGUUUCCAAACCUCCACCAAGAUUAACAAGACAAUCUUCAACACCAAUUCCAAAACAACAAGAAAUUUCCUUACCUCCUCAAAAUCCACCACCAGUUAAGCCUCAAUCAAUAGUAAGAAAUCAAACAAAUCCAAGUAAUAUGGGUGGUUAUGUACCACAAUAUUCUAAUAGAGCAUCAACUCAACAAAAUAUAAUUUCUAAGCCUACUCAACCUAUAGAUAAGGUACCUGAAAGAAUUACAGAAAGAGAAAAGGUACCAGAAAGACCUAGACCAAUAAUUACACCAAUUCCAACAGAAAAACUUAAUCAAGAACGAGAAAGAAUACCAGAAAGGCCAAAGCCAAUAAUGGAAGUUUCAAGAUCAGAUCCAAUAAGACAAUCUCAACAACAGACAAUGUCUUAUUCACAACAAUUCCAACAAGCACAAUUGAAAACACCAGUUAGGAAUGUACCAUCAAAGAGAUUGGAAGAAUUGUUAUAUCAAAAAGCCAAACCAAUAGAAUCUCCUCGAGUUGAGAAAGGAUCUUCAGUUUUAUCAAUUGUUGAAAACUUUAUGUUAGAUCCAAAUAUGAAAGAGUUUUAUUAA